GUGACGAUUCUCUCCGGCGUAGCGGCACGUGCGUUCACCGGACGGUACCCGAAAGAAAAUUCACCCUCGGAAUCCGAAGUUGCGAACUGCCAAACGGUAACGGUAGUGGGAAGCUCCGUUUCGCGACACAAGCACUCGAACCCUUUCCUUAUUGCUUACCUUUCCGGCUUACGCACAGAGCUGCUUCCGACGGCAGCCCGGCGGUGCCUCGGCGCUUUCGCUCUCGCAGAUUCUCUUCUCCUCUCCCUACUUCUUUCCAUCCUAAGGAAGCACCAGCAAAAUUUUUAAUGGAGACAUCAUCCGCUGUUUCUAAAUUUACCAUCAUAAGACAUCCAAUGACCAAAGCUCAAAUAAGCCAUAGAUGGGACCUCCCUAGAUUUUUAAAGCUGCAAAAGAAAUCCACAGGAAAUAGAUUUAUAUCAACAAAGAUGUGUGCGGAUACUAAAAAUGAUGGUUUCAGAGUAGCACCAGAUGGUGUGGGCAAUGGAGAUGGUGUUAUAAUUGUUGACCAUGGUUCGCGACGUAUGGAGUCUAAUCUCAUGCUAAAUGAGUUUGUAGCAAUGUUUAGAGAGAAAACUGGGUACCCAAUUGUAGAGCCUGCUCAUAUGGAGUUGGCACCACCAUCAAUAAGAGAUGCAUUCAGUUUGUGUGUUGAACAAGGGGCCAAUCGUGUGAUUGUAAGCCCAUUUUUCCUCUUCCCGGGCCGACAUUGGCAUAAGGAUAUUCCUUUCUUAGUGGCGGAAGCGGCAAGUGAGCACCCAGGUGUUUCAUACAUUGUUACCGCACCUCUUGGUUUGCAUGAGCAACUAGUGGAUGUUGUCAAUGACAGAAUCAAACACUGCCUAAGUCACAUAGCUGGAAUGGCAGAUGAGUGUACAGUUUGUUAUGGAACAGGGAAAUGCCAGCUCCGCUGAUUAAAGAAAUUGAAACCUCAAGAAACCAGUAUGGGUUUCUAUUGCCAUGGACCAACUGGUAAAUUGCAUAGCAUGUGCUGCAGGUGACAAUAUUCAAUUAUGUAGCAGACUUGAAAUUAGAAGGCUGAUAUUUUUUGGAGAUCAUGUAUAUGGAUUUAGAGAUCAUGUAUAUGGACAUUCACAGGUAUCAGGUGUGGGGGAUGUUUCUUGCAUUGAAGUGUAGGACCUGAAUUGUAAUGUGUUCUGCCUGGCAAGUCUCUGAUUCUGGGCAUUAGAAGUGUCUACACAUCUUCCUUCUUAAAUUGAAAAAGUCAUCAUGGUUUCUUAAGAGUCUGAUAGUGAAGAAAAAAUUUCCAUAUGGGCUUUGGAUGCUUAAUUCACCAUGUCCAUGUUAAGAAUGAAACAUGUUUAUUUGUAUUGUUUA